GUCAAUUGCGUGGGACGCCACCUAUAAUAAAAAGGUAAUGCGUGCGUCAUGGCAUUUUUACAUUUUCUUCGUCCUGUAGAUCCUUCCCCUCCUUCAAGCAAACUGUAAGGUGCAAAAUCUCUCGCAGCCCUCAGCCGUCUCAAGCAAGUUUCUUGAGGUGUUGACCAAAAUGCAUCCGAACGUGUUGAUCUCCUUCCUUUUCUUUAUUUCCUCUUCUGCGUUGCCGUUCAUUGCACAGAAGAGAGAGCCGACCAGUCAUUUAGAGGCUCGCGCUACCUAUUCAGUCGUUCCUAUCGAUGGAAGCGGUUCGGAUUCUACAGAGACAAUUACUGUAACCCCGACUGCAACUACGAAGACAGUUGUCGAGACUUCCCCACCGGUCACCGACACGGUAACAAUCACUGCUGAUCAGCCUACACACACCGUCUCUACCACAGUCUCUGUUGUUGACAUACAACCAACAACCGAUGUCGUUACGACUACUAUCUCAAAUAAUACGCCGACAUCAAUUCCAGCUUACCCCAGCACAGAGCUCAGCACAACAUCCAAAUCGCCUAUUUCGACUACACUCAUUUCAACUUCAUCCCCCACACAGUCUAGUGUGGCUGUCACCUCAGCCCCACCACCGACGGAGACUUUACCGCAACCUACAACCGCCACUAUCUCCCCCUCCACAACUUUUGGGGCAACGUCCGUUCCAGUGACAAGCUGGAGCUGGAGCUCAACCACAUCAUAUGACAAUGGCUCUUGGCAUACCUCUUAUCCCUGGAACGGCACCGUGGCUUAUCGGUUUGCUCGCCGACAUUAAAAUGACAUAACGAGCAUUUUAUUCCUUGUAUUACUUCAGCUUUCUCUAACCGGGAAUGCGCUAUAUGGAUAAUAAAUUAUGUAUGGAAUAUGGAAUAUCAUGUGUACAGGAUAUUAUGGGAAGGCGAAAUAUGAGGACUAAUGUAAUAUCAUGUUUGGGGACUGGGUAUUAAACCUGGUCAUGGAACGGAAUAAUGGACCUCACGCAACCCAAGCGCUGGAACGCGUCGACUCGUAUUUAAUAGCCGAGAUGCUAGAUACGAAAAUAAAUACUGUUAAAUAAUGUGGUUUUGAGAUUGCGACUUGUGGUAGAAGGCGAACAUCAACAUAUUCGAGAGUACGGAUUGAUGCCUUCGUCUUCAUCGCGUAUAGAUGAAAGGCUAUAGGUUGUAUAUCAACAGUAUAUUUUCUAUUUGUUUCUACCUAUUCUCAAAAUGUUAAUGAAGACGAAA